AUGCGGACAAUUCUUCAACUCUUGCUUUUGAGCACACUCGUUGCUACGGCUUGGGUCAACGCAGUAUUGCUCAAGGUCGCCCACAAGGGCAACGAUUACUGGAUUGCCCACAUCGAUCACAAGUGGAACCCGAGGGAUGGUGCUCCUUUCAAAAUUGGGGGAGAAAAACGCAGACCUAGGGGCAGUAACUAUUUAACUGUAGGGAAACUGGUGGGAAAUACCUCAAGGACAAAACACAUCCAGAUCGGCGUUUCUAUGGAAAGCUAUGACAGGGGUCCAAUCCUUCAAGCAGGUCAUCGAAACCUGUAUCUUUUCAACUAUAGAGACGGGCUCUUUUUUAUAGCUACCGAAGCUAUGGAGGCAGAAGUAAACUCAAAAACAUGGCGAGAGAUUAUCGGAGCUCAUCGCCAGCAGUUGUAUGAACUUAUGGCUGCUGAGGGUGUGCAUGAUAUUGAACCCCCAAGAGAGGUCACGGUCAAAUUGAUCUCAGAUAAACCGUAG